UGGUUGGUGGUGCUGUCGGUCCCCAGUGUACCGAACUCUUAUUGGUGAACGCUGCCGUCGCUCGGGCGGUGGCGGGCUCCGGGAUUGGCGGGUGCUAAGCGGGCGGUGUCAGGCUCUCGGUGGCGGCGGAGGCGGCGGAGGCCCGGGAGGAAGAUGUCGUAAUGAGCGGGGGCGAAUCUGUCAGACAACCUAUCAAUUGGGCUGAUGAUGUCAGUGUUCCAGUGGCUUCUAACAGGCAUUAAUACCUGUUGGAAAUGGAUUCUCAUUGGCUGGGGCGAUUGAUCCACAGACCAGCAUGGCUGCCACUGCUGCUGUCAGUCCCAGUGACUACCUUCAGCCUGCCGCCUCCACCACCCAGGACUCCCAGCCAUCUCCCUUAGCCCUGCUUGCUGCAACAUGUAGCAAAAUUGGCCCUCCAGCUGUUGAAGCUGCAGUGACGCCUCCUGCUCCCCCGCAGCCCACACCACGGAAGCUCGUCCCUAUCAAACCUGCCCCUCUCCCUCUCAGUCCCGGCAAGAAUAGCUUUGGAAUCUUGUCCUCCAAAGGAAACAUACUUCAGAUUCAGGGGUCACAGCUGAGCGCGUCCUAUCCUGGUGGGCAGCUGGUGUUCGCUAUCCAGAACCCAACCAUGAUCAACAAAGGGACCCGAUCGAAUGCCAGUAUCCAGUACCAGGCGGUCCCUCAGAUUCAGGCGAGCAAUUCUCAGACCAUCCAGGUACAGCCCAAUCUCACCAACCAGAUCCAGAUCAUCCCUGGCACCAACCAAGCCAUCAUCACCCCUUCACCAUCCAGUCACAAGCCUGUCCCCAUCAAGCCGGCCCCUGUCCAGAAGUCGAGUACGACCACCACUCCGGUGCAGAGCGCGGCCAAUGUGGUGAAGCUGACAGGUGGAGGGGGCAAUGUGACACUUACUCUGCCUGUCAACAACCUCGUGAACACCAGCGACACCGGGGCCCCCACUCAGCUCCUCACGGAGAGCCCCCCGGCCCCGCUGUCUAAGACUAACAAGAAAGCCAGGAAGAAGAGUCUUCCUGCCUCCCAGCCCCCCGUGGCCGUGACCGAACAGGUGGAGACGGUGCUGAUCGAGACCACGGCGGACAACAUCAUCCAGGCAGGAAACAACCUGCUCAUCGUUCAGAGCCCUGGUGGGGGCCAGCCAGCUGUGGUCCAGCAGGUCCAGGUGGUGCCCCCCAAGGCCGAGCAGCAGCAGGUAGUGCAGAUCCCCCAGCAGGCCCUGCGGGUGGUGCAGGCGGCAUCCGCCACACUCCCCACCGUCCCCCAGAAGCCCUCCCAGAACUUUCAGAUCCAGGCUGCUGAGCCGUCGCCUACUCAGGUUUACAUCCGUACACCUUCUGGUGAGGUACAGACGGUCCUUGUCCAGGACGGCCCCCCGGCAACAGCUGCGACCACCUCCACCACCACUUGUAGCAGCCCUCCGUCCCGUGCUGCCCAUCUGAGCGGGACCAGCAAAAAGCACUCGGCUGCAAUUCUCCGGAAAGAGCGUCCCCUGCCAAAGAUUGCCCCUGCCGGGAGCAUCAUCAGCCUGAACGCAGCCCAGCUGGCAGCGGCAGCCCAGGCCAUGCAGACCAUCAACAUCAACGGUGUCCAGGUCCAGGGUGUGCCCGUCACCAUCACCAACACUGGCGGGCAGCAGCAGCUGACAGUGCAGAAUGUUUCUGGGAAUAACCUGACCAUCAGUGGGCUGAGCCCCACCCAGAUCCAGCUGCAGAUGGAACAGGCCCUGGCUGGAGAGGCCCAGCCCGGGGAGAAGCGGCGCCGCAUGGCCUGCACGUGUCCCAACUGCAAGGACGGGGACAAGAGGUCUGGAGAGCAGGGCAAAAAGAAGCACGUGUGCCACAUCCCUGACUGCGGCAAGACUUUCCGUAAGACGUCCCUACUGCGGGCUCACGUGCGCUUGCACACCGGCGAGCGGCCCUUCGUCUGCAACUGGUUCUUCUGUGGGAAGAGGUUCACACGGAGUGACGAGCUCCAGCGGCACGCCCGCACCCACACAGGGGACAAACGCUUCGAGUGUGCCCAGUGUCAGAAGCGCUUCAUGAGGAGUGACCACCUCACCAAGCAUUACAAGACCCACCUGGUCACGAAGAACUUGUAAGGCCAACUGAGGCGGGAGGCCUCGCAGAUUGCAGACCCCUGCCUGUGUCCUGCCUGGGCCCCUGGAGGAAAGAAGGCCCACAGCUGCCCUGGGCCCGCCCUCGCCCCUCCCUCCUGUUCUGCGACUGUCCCCACAGGAAGGGACUCUACUGCCCCCAUACUCACCUCCUUCUGAAGCCCCUUGGCUCCGCCCUGGCCCUCCCCUCUCACCACAAGCUCCCGGCCUGCCCAGACCGUGGACAGUGGCCGUGCCCAAUGAGACGUUCUAAACCAGGACGAGUGGGAACCCUUAUUUCCAAAGGAAAAACAUGAAUUUCACUCCGUCGAGGAGCAAAGUGAGCCCCCCCUCCCCCAAACACUGCCGGAGUCGCAUCGUGCCAUGCCCCUCCCUCUCCUGCACCUCCCUGGCCCCCUCAGCCACUGCGGGUGCCCCGGGGCCCUGCACCCAGGGCACCACUGGCAUCCAGCUCCACCUCCGGAGAGGCUCCAGAGGCCGCCUCCACUCCACAUGCCCCUGCCCCACCCCAGCUCUCCUCCAGCACAUUCCAACUUUCUAUUUAAAAAGUAAAGCUACCCACGGACUCCCUGAUUCCCCCCUUUUUCUAUGGAGAAAGUUGCCUUAUACUCUACUUCCGAUGAUGAACACUGUGUAUUGUGUGUGCUUUAAAGAAGUUUUAUUUAAUUGCUCCCUUCUUCCUGUUCUUGUUACUCACCUCCCCCAUGCCUGCUUUUAGUUUAGGGGUUUUGGGGGGCAAUGAUGAGCAUAUCAAUUUUUUUCUCACUCUAGUAAUUCUCUUUUCUAAACGACACAGCAUUUCAACUCGAAUCUGGAUUCAGAUAAAACACCUUCCCAUCCUGAACCUCAUCCCUCUCCCCCUCAUCUCACCCGCCCCAACCAGCCCAAGCCCUACUUGUGUACAGUGUAUAUUGUAAAAUAGACAGUUGUGUCUACUACAUGUUUAAAAACAUAUUGCUUGUUAUUUUUGAGGCUUUUAAAUUAAACAAAAAUCCAACUUUAUUUUUAGUUGUAACUGCUUGAGGUAUGUUUUAACGCAUUAAGUGACAGAUUUGUUAUCCUUUAUUAACGAUGUACUUUGUUGGUCAGCACUGGGCUGACAAAAAUUUUUUCUUGCUAAUAAAUUUAGUUGCCUGAGGCAAAAUCUGCAA